AUGCUUUUCAAUUUAUAAAUAUUUUUAAGUUACUAAUAUACAGGAGGUUGGAUAAAAUAUCCCUAUGGUUUUGGAUAUAGAUCCAUAAAAUUAAUUAGCAUACAUUAAUAUCCUCACAUUAAUAGUUAAGCUAAAAUAACUAUUAAAAUAGAAUGGACAUAAAAGGAACCCACUUGGUAAAUAUUUUUUGGAAUCAGAGAUUUUCAGUUAUUUUUAAAAUCUCAACUUUUUGAGUUUACUUGUAAAGAUGAUAAUUUGAUUCCAUUUGAUGGAUGCUUUUAAUAAUAUUAUGAUUGUGUAGAUGGUUGUAGUAGUUGUAUUAGAGGAUUAUGCUUAGAUUGUAAAUAAGGUUGGGAUUGGGUUGAAAAUGAUUAAAAUUGUGUUCCAAUCUGCGGAGAUUUAUAAAUUACUUAAUUUGAAGAAUGUGAUGAUGGGAAUAACAUUCCGUAUGAUGGUUGUCAUUUAUGUAAAUAUUCUUGUCCUUUGAAUUGUGAAAUUUGUUAAUUUGGUGAAUGUUUGAAAUGUAAAAUGAAAUAUUAAAUAAGUUUAAAUAAAAAAUAAUGUUAACCAUUUUGCUCUAAUGGAAUAUAAAUUAAUUAUGAUAUUUUUGAUAAAUAAAGUAACAAUUAAUUGGAAAGAAUCAAUAUUUGCUAGUAAAGAUGUUCAAUAGAAUGCAAUUUGUGUAUAGAUGAUAAAUGUCUACAAUGUAAUGAUGGAUGGUAACUUUAAGAUAAUAAAUGCCAUUAAGUUUGUGGAGAUGGACUAAUUGCUAUUAAUUCAAUAGAGGUAUGUGAUGNUAUUUACAAAAUAGAUAAAACUAUUCAAAUUAUUCUAAAUAAACUGAGUCAUAUUAAUAUAUUAUUUCAACUCUUCAUUGAUCAAAUUUGCAUUAGUCUUUAUUUUUAAUCAUAUCGAACUUCAAUGUUUUUCAAUAAGAUUAUUGAAUUGUCAAUUCAUCAAAGAGCAAAAUAUAUAUGA